GGGGGGUAGGGGGGCUGAGAGAGGAGAUGGGAACAUUGAUAACCCCUUUAGUGUUUUCCCUACUCUUGUUGUGGAGUCAAACUUUAAUCCCAGCCUAAGAAGGAAAAAGAAGGAAAAUAAUUUUAGUGGAACCCUUAGCUGGGAAACUCAUGCCUGAUGACUAAAUGAACUACUGAGGAUGAGAUCCUGAGCAAUUUAAGUUGAGUUCUGCAGAAUUAACUAUUUUCUAGGAUUUAAUUGGACAAUUUUUCAGGGUCAGCUAUAAAAUAGAUAAGAAAAUGGAUGAAAUCCUGCAGCAAUCUAAGAACAUUAGAGAAAGCAUUGUCAGCACUAAUUGGAUUAACAACUUAUUUUGAUGAGGAUGAAUUGGAAGCUGAACUUAAAGAACUCAAAGAAUCCAAACCGGAAAAAGCAGAAAGAGGCAAAAAGAUUAUUGAGGGCUUUCGAGAACUGUGCUAGAGAUCCCAACUCUUACACCCAUCCAAAGAAAGACAUGUUUUGGAUGCUAGUUAUGCAACUCUUUAAAUACAAAAUUCCCCCUCCAAACUUGGUUUUCACAUGGUUGAAAGAGUUGCACAGUUUGGGUAGCAGUGCUGAAAUGGAGGGUGGAAGAAGAAAGGAUGAUGAUGUCGGAGUAAAGAGAACAUUGCAGUUUGUACAUGCAUCAGGAAUGUUGCCAAGAAUCCUAAUGAAGAAGGAUUUAGAAAUAUUAGAGUGACUAAUAAAACCUUUCAGGUAAUGAAAUGAUCAAACAUGCCUAAAUCAUGCAUUAUAUUUUUAAUGUUGCAGAAAAUUAUUCAAUAGAAAAGCAGAUAAGCAUAGGGACGUGUAUAUUCUGCUGCCUUUUAAUUUCUUCAAUUUGCUUUAAAAUAGAAAGAAAUUAAAGAAGGGUAAAAUAUAAGGUCAGAACAAGGAAAGAAGAGGCAUCGGUUAUAACAGAUCCUUUGUCUGGCUUACCAGCGAAAUGACUUCAGGCUUUUAUUGUUCAAUUCAUUUUGAAUUAUUUUUUUUUUUUGGCUGAUGAUGAUGUAAUCAAGGAGGAAAGUCAAAGAAGAAAGCCUAUUAAGAACU